AAAUAAAAAAAUAGAAAAUUAAAACUCCAUUGCGCGAUGUAAUACAAGUAUAACAUAUAAAAUCGAGAAUAUAUAAAACAUAUAAAAGUUAAGCAAAGUACAAAGCCAUAUAAAAAAAAAACUUGCGUUCAACAUGUGUAGAAUUUUUCAAGGAAAAUAUCAGAGUUAUGUAAUUAUUGUCAGUAACUUUACAAUUUAUCCUCGGAAAAGUUUCCGCCACGUCAUCGUGCUGUCCUUGCUCAUCCCUUCUCGAUUUGUUCUAACAGCAGCUGCUGUUUUCUCCCCAUAAAACUUGACCGAUACAUUAGAAAAUGCAAAUUACUAGUCAUCAAAGUCGCAGCAAAGACGCAAUCGGAGGAGAGUUCAUCGAACGGGUCGCGCAUGCCUGGUGAUAGAAAAUUCUGAUUUCACGAUCGGAAUAGUGAAGAUAGUCGGCAUCAUAUCGUUGGAGAUGGUCAGUCGGGAGCAGGGAAACGCACUGAACACGCUCGCUGUCAAUGUAACAAAGCAAAACAAGUAUGUCUCAGACUUUCGUUAUGCCGUUCAGAUAAGCAUUUACCUGCUGAAGCCGCUCGGAGCCUGGCCGCUGGCCAACGAUGAAACGUCGAGGUUCAAGAUCGCCCAGCACAGGACGUCGAUGAUAAUCACCAUGUUCCUCAUGAGUUUCCUCGUCGUUCCGUGGAUCGCGUGUAUCGUGAAGGAGAAAUGGAGCGCCUACCUGAUAUUUCGUACAACGUGUCCGCUGCUCUUCUCGACGACGCUCACCGUGAGGUACCUUUUGCUACUCUGGAAUCAAGAUCGACUCAAGUUCUGCGUCGAUCACGUAGCCGACGACUGGCGGUGCACGACAAUCGCCGAGGAUCGCGACAUCAUGCUGACGAACGCACGAAUCGGCCGCACCUUCGGCAUCAUCUCCGUGGUCUUCAUAUUCAGCUGCAAUGGUCUGUACACCACGCUACCUAUACUUAUGCCAAAUCCGAUCAACGAAGACAAUGUUACCGUAAGAUUGCAUCCGUCGCCCAGCGAGCUUCUCGUGUUUAAUGCUAAGGCUAGUCCUGUGUACGAGAUCGUAUACAUCAUACAAGCUGCGUCCUGUUACGUUCUCUGCAGUACAUUCUGCGGCAUUUGUAGCUUGAUGGCCAAUUUUGUCAUGCAUGUGUGUGGACAGUGCGACGUGUUAAUGUCGAUUUUAGAGGAGAUCGUGGACGGGGGAAAACACAUUAGCGGUUCUAUCGAAGAUCGAAUCGCUACCGCGAUAACUCGACAUUUGCGCUUGCUGAGAUUAGUUUCCAACGUAAGCGACUUAUUUACCGAAAUAUGUGUUAUGGAAUUCAUGAACGCUUCGUGUAAUAUAGGUCUAAUUUGCUACUACAUCGUAACUGAUAUGAAUAAUAACGAGCCGUUUGCACUGAUUUUUAUGAAUGGCUUCGGACUCGUGUCGAUCAUCUUCAACAUGUACAUUUUCUGCUACAUCGGGGAUUUGCUCAUAGAGCGCUGCCAGCAAGUGGGGACUGCUUGUUACGCGAUCGAAUGGUAUCGGAUGCCACCCAAGAAGGCGGUGGAAUUGCUCAUGCCGAUCGCGAUGUCCCAAUACCCCGUGAUGCUCACCGCUGGAAAGAUGAUAACGAUGACACUUGCUACGUUCUCCUACAUCUUAAAGACGUCAAUGGCGUAUUUCAAUUUGCUUCGCGAAUUUAUCUCGCGAGAUAUUACGACAACGUAAGCGCAUGGCUUGAUAAGAUGACUAUCCUCGAAAAGGGCUAUCGGCUACUUAAAAUAUUUAUAUUGCAAAAAAAUGCGUUAAUAAUUUGAUAAAUAACGCACGUGUUAGUACAGCACUUAUAAAUACAAUACAAUGGAAUAAAUAAUUUCUUUUUAGAAUGUAACAAUAUUUUACUGUAAAAAUAAGAUCUACAAAAUUAAGUAAUAUAGAACGGAGUAGCUUCAUAUUCCAAGUCGAAAUAUUACUUGUCUGGAAAUGAUAAUUUUGCCGAGAGAGAUAAAAGUUUUAUUUACCAUAUGUCGCUCGAUGGAGACGAAGUUCUUCCUUGAAAAAUAAACGCUGGGUUCAAGUGGGCUCUCGUGGGUUCAAGUUACAAAGUUUUCAUCGCAUGUGUAUUAUCAUCCGUACGCGUUGAAGUCAUAUCGCGUGCAAAAUCAAACUUCUUUUCAAUCCUUGCACCCCUUACGCUCUUUACUUUUUAAAGCACGCACGCAAUUGCGGACGACUCGCUCGAGAGUUUACAACUAAAGUCAAAUUUACCUAAAACUAAAAAUAUAUACAUUUUAAUUUAAUGACAAUCGUAUAUCCACUCUCAUCACGAUCAUAGAAUUUUCAAUCAUCUUAACAUUAUCGAAUUUAUAAAAAGAGGGUCUCUAUUUUUUUUAUUAUAGAAAAAUUAUGUAGUCAUUUUGUAUAGACGCCAGGGAUGAUUCAAUCAGUAUCACGACAAAGACGCGAAACACGUCAUCGAACAAAGUCGUCGUAUUUUGCAUACUUGAUAUUUGGCCGUCGCCCAACAGAUGGCAAAAUAUGACCGCAAAUAUUUUAGUUUUUUGCAACUGCUGAAGAAUAUUUCGCGCUACAAUAACUUAGUCAAAAUAAUGAGGUGCACCGCGAUCAUAUGUCUCACCGGAUAUUAUAUAAUAGCGGUGUGGAAAGUAACGCAAGCAAAUGUGCAUUGUGUUUAAGCGCAAUGCGCUACAAACAGAAAUAUACCAGCCCUACUUCCGUACAUAACAAACCUCACACAUCUGUCAUUAUUAACAUUUUUAUUUUAUACUUUAUCAAAAAGUAUAUAACGAUGCAGAUAAUUUACAAAUAUUUUAUAUUUUUUAAAAAAGUUAACAGUAUUAUAUUAAUCUUACAAACGAGAGAUAUAUAUUUUCUAUUUUAUAUAUAUAUAUAUAAAAAUACGAUUUUCCAUCACAUGAAAAAUAAAUAUAUCUAUAUGUUUUGAUAUGUUGAAAGAUUUAUCAAUGAUGUUAAUAGCUGUAAGUAAUAAAAAAAGCGUAAAGGAGGAAAGUUCAUUGAUCUCUCCUUCAGGACAUUCGGCAAUGUAAGCAAUAAAGUUCAGGAAAUUUAAGGAAUUAAAAAUACAUUUUCAUGAGUUUUGUUAUGUUUGAAGUUAAAACGGACGUAACAUAUUUAAAUCUUCUUCACUCCGUUGUUGGAUAAGUAAAUUUAAAUAGCUAUACGUAGAUGCAUAAAUGUAGUCUUCAAAGAAAUAUGUAAUGUCAAAAUAAAACUGGCAAAAGUACAUGAUUCUCAGAUAAUAUAAUUUCUUCACUAGAAUAUCUGUUGUAAGAAGAAAUGAAAGCCAUACGAAAAUUAACAUACGUAUUGACGUCAGUUCAAACGAAAAAAACUUUAACUUACCUGCCGACAUUGCAACUUUGAGAAAUGCAAGUUAUAAUAGAAACAUCGGCAGAAUUAAACGCGAUUAUUUUCCAGAGAAUCGGAAAACUUGAACAACAUUUACAUAUUGAAACACCUUCCAUGGAAACGAUUUGCGGCUUUCAUUUUCUGCUCUUCUCUUGCAACUACAAAUUUAACAAAUUCACUUUUCUGCGAUGAGCAGUUAGAGUAAAAUAUUAUAAAACACCUCAAUAUAAAUGUAAUUUUAUCUUUAUUUAAUCUGAUAUUGUUCGAACCAUCGUGUCAAAAACUACAAAAUCACCACGUCGGAAAAAAUACGAUUAUUGUUACAUGUUACUGACCUCUGAGCAAGUCAAAGUAAUCUGUACUGCGCAAUCGAAACUGUUGCCAGCGGUCAACGCAUGCAAUCGUAAGUUUUAAUAUAAGAAGAAGAGUUGAAGCCAACGGU